AUGUGCGUCCUCUACGGCACACGCUACACACAAUGUGGCGACCACACGGAAAUCGAGCGUGUCAACUAUUGCAAGCAUGCAGACCGCAAAACAUGGACCUGUCCAUACAAUCAUCAGAUCAUUGCCAAGUCAGACCGCAUCUGUCCCAAGCAUAAUCGCAGCCUCAGCGACUCGGUACACAAUCUGUUCCAUAAGAUGGAGUUCUACAGCGAUGAGACAUACACGCCUACUCCUGGUGCUUCAGUCACGGGCGGAAGCACGCCAAUCUCUGAGGCAAGUGACAAAUCAAUGGAUGCCAUGGAGAUGUGA